UACGGUCAUUUUUCCAGUUUACGCCAAAUUUGCGAGCAGUUGUGCAAAAUACGUGGCCGGACGGUGUUUUACGCCAAAAGUGCGCGCAAGAUACGAAAACGGAAAAGGGCUAUAUUGGCACGUUAUGGAUUGUAUAUACAACGACGGUGUUUUACAUUCAUUUCUUACCAGACUUCUUGAUACCACCACCCACGAGCGGCUUACCGCCUUUGAUUUGGGCAGCAGCAGCCUUUCUAGCAGCUUCGGCUUCUUUUUGCUUCUGUUUGAAGGCGAGGUCCUCCUCGUCGAGGUCCUGAGGACCUUUCUUCUUUUGCUUAAGAGCUAUAUCAUCGGAGCUGUUAGUGACUUCUUCUUUGCUAUCUCUAACAUAUUUCCAGUACAGCCGAUACAAUUCACAUACGCUUGAGUUUACCACCUUGACGACCAGACAUUGUCAGAUACCUUUUCUAGUGAACGAUUCCAAUGUUGAAGCAGAGGAUGAUGUUGCUGCUGUUGGGCUAAAAUUUUUUCGGGGUUAACCUCCUUACAUAAGCAACU